AUGGUGCAGCUACGAAGACCCAACGGCAAGGCUGCUCUGAACUCCUGGGUUUCUGGUUCUGAUGCUCGUAUACUGGUUGCCCCAGUAGUCUGGCCACACCCCGCCUUUGCCCCGCACCACGGCCCCGCGGGCCCCAAGGCGCUCGGCCUGGGCCCCAAGAGGAAACCGCUGAGCAGCAAGGAGAAUGUCCUGACGCACUCCUCCCUGCUGACCCCUGCCGAGAGAAAGUUCUGGAGAGCCGCGGCGGAUGGCGAGCACUGGAGGAAAGACGGCCUAAGGAAAGAUACAGAAAGAGAUUUGAAAGUUGAAUCAAACAUGAUGCUCAACGGGUCUAGCCAAGAGGUCACUAAAGAUCUACUUGAUAUGAUUGAUCAUACGAGCAUCCGAACUAUUGAAGAACUUGCUGGGAAACUAGAAUUUGAAAAUGAAUUGAACCGUGUAUGUGGCCGCUGCCAAGAUUCCCCUUUUAAGGAGGAAGCCUGGGCUCUGCUUGUGGAUGAGAGCCCUCAAAAGGCUUCCGAUGCAGACCCUGGAAAUCUCAAACAGGCUUUCGAUGACCAGAAUAUUAUCGAGACCGUUCUAGACUUGGAAGAGGAUUACAAUUUAAUGACCUCUUUCAAAUACCACAUUGAAUAAGAAAAAAAAAAUGUAUUCCUGCCUUUUACCCUUGAUGGCAAAAGGCUACUAAGGGCACCUGUGGAGAAGCGGCUCCAGUGGUCAGUAAGAGUCCGGUUUUUCAAAGCAUUGCUAUACCCUUUUUAAUUCAGUUGUAACCCUUUUUGAGCUAAAAACCCAGUUUUUGUAUUCUGUUACUUUGAA